AUGCUCCUCAACCUUCAGCGAUAUAAUCUGUUCAUCAAAUUUGUCACUGGAAAAGAAAACGUCGUUGCUGAUGCGUUGUCGCGGGCUCCACUCAUCGGUGAAGAAUCGAAGGAUGAAUACCAAAAACUGAACGUGUUCAAGGUGUCCAAAGAGAUCGAAAAAAUUAAUCUGGCUAACUACUUGAGUGUUUCUGAUCACCGUCUCAACAAAAUAAUACUGGAAACGGAGAAGGACCUGGCCUUUCAGCAAAUUAUUCAGUACAUUCAAAACGGCUGGCCUACAAGGAUUGAUCAAGUUCCGGAUAGUUCCAAGAUCUACUUCAAGUAUCGCGAUGAGCUGUCCCACCAAGAUGGAAUCAUUUUCCGAUGUGAUCGAAUCCUCGUUCCGCACAGUUUACGAUCAAAACUCAUUCAGAGUUGCCACGUUAGCCACAACGGAAUGGAAGCUACCAUAAAACUUGCUAGGGCUAAUUUGUUCUGGCCUGGAAUGACUGCACAGAUCAGAGAUGUAGUUAAAGAAUGUUCCAUAUGUGCAAAAUUUGCAGCAUCACAAGCCAAUCCACCUAUGAUGAGUCACCGCAUACCUGUACAUCCGUUCCAAAUGAUCUCAAUGGAUGUUUUCGUAGCCGAAUACCGAGGUCGCAAACGAAAUUUUCUAGUGACAGUUGACCACUACUCAGAUUAUUUUGAAGUCGACAUUCUAAAAGACCUCACACCGGAAUCAGUCAUUGAAAUCUGCAAAAUUAAUUUUGCCCGACAUGGAAUACCCCAGCAGGUGAUUAGUGAUAACGGGACCAAUUUUGUCAAUCGCAAGAUGUCUCAAUUUGCUAACGAUUGGGAGUUUGAGCAUAUCACAUCGGCGCCUUACCACCAGCAGGCCAAUGGCAAGUCAGAAGCGGCCGUGAAAAUUGCCAAACGGUUGUUACUGAAGGCAGAUGAAAGCGGCAAUGAUUUUUGGUACGCUUUACUCCACUGGCGUAACAUACCUAACAAAAUCGAAUCGAGUCCAGUGUGA